AUGGGCCUUUUGUCCAACUUCCCCUUCAUGCUGGCGCCGGGCAUGGGGACCAACGCCUACUUCACCUUCAGUAUUGUCCUUGGUCGGGGCCUUCCAUGGCAAGCUGCUUUCGCAGCGGUCUUCGUGGCUGGUUGCCUCUUCACCGUGCUCAGUGUGACGGGCAUGCGAACGCUACUGAUCCGGCUCUUCCCCGAAGGCAUCAAAGAGGUCAUUGGUGCCGGAGUAGGGCUCUUCCUUACCUUCAUCGCCUUCCAGGGUGCGGAGGGCAUGGGCAUCUCCGUUGCGGAUCCUGCUACCUUGGUAACGCUGAAUUCGCUGAGCCCUUCAUCCUACGACUCCGCGAAAAUGUGGAUGAGCCUGGCGGUGCUCGUCGUCACAGCCACCUUGCUGGCAGCCAAGGUGCCGGGAGCUCCCUUGAUUGGAAUUGUCUUCGGCACCGUAGUGUGCUGGAUCGAGGGCUGGGUCAACGGCGUUGAAGGCUCUGUGUUCGGAUACCCCUUUGGCACCGCAGGUGACAGGUCUGCAAAGGACUUUCACAUCUUCGUGCCACACGGCCUUGUGGCACAGCCUUCGCUAGAUGGUCUCGCCGGUGCUCUCUGGGAAGGAUUCGACUGGGCCCUGAAUCCGGAGACCAGUGCUACGUUCUGGACUGCCGUGGCUACGUUCUGUUACACGGACCUCUUGGACUCCUCUGGCACAUUUUUCGCGGUUGCAAAGGUUGCAGGGCUCACAGACAGCCGGGGUAAUCUCCCCUUGGCCCGUCAGAACAUGGCAUACCUGGCAGACGCACUCUCCAUGUUGGUGGGUUCCAGUCUGGGGGUCUCCACGGUGAGUACCUUUGCCGAGUCCACGGCGGGGGUGGCCGACGGCGCCAAGACCGGCCUGGCCUCUUUGGUGACAGGAAGCUGCUUCCUACUUGCCAUCCCCUUUUCUCCGGUGGUCUCCGCGGUCCCACCACUGGCCUCCGGCCCCAUCUUGUGCUGCCUGGGCGCCAUGAUGUGCAGUUCCGUGCGUGGCGUGAACUGGGAUGAUUUCCAGGAGUCUCUUCCUGCCUUCGUGGCCAUGAUCACCAUGCCCUUCACAUUCAGCAUUGGCUAUGGCAUCAUCGCCGGCCUUGGGCUGUGGAUCUCCAUUCAAGUUCUGCUGGCCCCUCUGCGGCUGUACCGUGGGGAGAGCCCCCUGGUGCGAGUUCGCUUGCUUUGGGCUUCCGCCUGGGUUGAGAGCAACGACGAGCUGGAGGAUGGCAAGGGGACGCCCAGCACCAUUACACCCAGCCAGUCGUCCGAGCAGGUCUAA